AUGGAGGGGAAGAAAGGAGCAUUGCCCAACCAGCAUCGCCUCACGUCUUCAUCUCCAACAACAACGAAAGUAGAGAGAAAGUUCAAAGAUCAAGAUUUUUAUUUCAUUUAAAAUCCAUCUCCUUAACAUUAAAUUAAAAUGGGUCUAUCGAUACAAGUUGUAAGACCGAUAAUUCAGCAUUCAAGACCUGGUCGAUGGCUACUUCAAAUUCAAGUGCCACUUACCUUAACACAACUCGGGCUAAUCGACUCCCAGGCCAGGCCUAACUAG